GUGUAUAUAGCAACACAGCACAAAAUGACCGACCUCACCCCCACAUUCACCCAGCUGGUGCACAGCAAAUCGCCGACCUCGAAACUCUCCACAGGGUACAUGACGACCGAAAUCGCCGACGAAUUCCUCAAAGAAGCCUACCGAAUUAACAAUCACAUAACAUCCCUACUAUCCUACCUCCAAACCAUCCGCCCCUCGUAUCUCUCCCUCACCAAUACAAAACCAACAAUCACCAGCACCACCACCACCACCACCCAACCCAAACAAACCGAAAUACUAGACGACUCCGCCCGCGACACCAUAACCACCACGACCUCAACCCUCCUCUCCAACCUCUCCACAUCAAUAACUACCCUCAGCGCAGCAGAAAAUCUCCGCCAGGAGACAGUUUCGCGGAGCAUAGCACAGAGAUUCGGGAAGGGGUUUCUGGCGAAGUGGGCGGGGGGAGCUACACUCACCAGUAGCAAUGGGGAUGGUCAUGAAGGGAAGGAUAAAGAACAGGUGGUUGAGGAGGAGAAAGAAAAGGUGUUAAAGGGGGUGAGGGAAAGCGUGCUAUUCUAUCUGAAUCUGAAGCUGGGGAAGGUGGUUAAUGAGCAAAGGGAUAUGGUUGAGAAGAGGAUUGAGAGGGUGAGGGAGAGGGAGAGGAGUGUGCUUUAUAAAUCUGGUACUAAUAAUACCUCUGCUGCUGGUGGUGGUGGUGUUGGGUGGGGAAGGGUGGAUGGGGAGUGGAGGGGGGAUACUACUGGUAUUGGUAUUGGGGAUGUGGUGAAGAUGGACGAGACCGAGGUAAAAGAGAUCGAGAAACAGUUAACACCGCAGCAAUUGCAACUGUUCGAGGAGGAGAAUGAUUCCUUGGUGAGGUAUUUUGAGGAUGUGGUGGGGAAGGUUCAGAACGCAGAAAAAUCCCUCCUCGAGAUCUCCUCUCUCCAGCAAACUCUCGUGUCGCAUUUAUCUACCCAAGAGGAAUAUAUCUCGCAGCUGGUGACGGAUGCGAGUAAUACUGAGGCGAAUAUUGGUCAAGGGAAUAAGGAGUUGAAGCGGGCGACGGAGAGACGGAGUACGGCGCAGGCGGUGUUUUGGGGGACGGUGGGGUUGUGUACGUGGUUGGUUGUUUGGGAUUUGGUUUUUUAGUUGAUAUUUAUUUUAUGGUUCAGGUUGUGUUGUUCAUAUUUUGUAUUGG